UUUGUCCCUCCAAUUUGCAGUUUGCAGUUCAUUUCAUGGCAUUUGGUUAUAAGUCACUGACUAAGGAUCAUCGAGAGCAACCGAAGAACCGAUGGUGUAAUUUAACAUUGUACGCGUAUCCGAUUUUCGAAUGCCUUCAGCAUUUCGUAUCUGUAAAUCAAUUUUGUUUCACGAUAACAUGAAGCUUCUCGAGGAUCCCGUUUUUAAAACCAAAUACAUGAAAAACAAACUCCGCGUAAAACGAUGGGAAAGUGAUUUUAUGGAAAAAUACGGACGCAAACCUAACAAAAAUGACAUAAAAGAAGCGGAUAUAUCUAUCAAAGAGGCAUAUAAAACAUAUUGGAAACUAAAAACGAGCGCACUUGAGGAAACUCUUACGGAUAUUACUUUCUGCGAUGAUAUACAAGACAAUGUCACUAACAAUUUAUUGCAAAAAUCAAUAAAUGAUCAGGAUAAGAUUCCAAGCCCAGAAAAAAAUACAAAAGAUGCAGAGAAUAUAGAUCCGCAUGAUAGUAAAUGUUUUACAGAAAUUGAGAGCUCUUUCAACCAAUUGAAUACAUCAACAAAUGUUGAGGGAGUCUGGGGAAAUAAUUUGAACAAGAAUAAGGAACAAAUGCCAAAGAAGAAGCAAGCCUUAUUGAUUGGUAGAACUUCAUCUUUUCAACUAUCUAAAAACAAGUUUGAAAGUUCAACCUUUACUAAACGAAACCCGAGGAAAUCACUGUCAUCGACUAAAAUCAAGAACAAGUUUGAGAACACCAACUCAAGCAUUGAUCAGACGGUCGCGAAUGGCAAAGAUGACUUUGAUACAACAGCUAAUGAGAUGAAACCCAUGUUUGGUGAAUCAGUAAAAUUAACGUUUGAGGAAAGCAAACCUGUCACUCAAUAUUCCAUCAAUGCUGUUCAACAAUUGGCAGAUGGCCAUGUGACUUGUGUGAACCGUAAUUUAAAUGAGGGCUGGCUUGAUCGAUGCACAAGGGAGAGUAAUUUGAACAUGGAAACCAUCAAUCCACAGAGAUUCUCGGGCACUAGUGAUUCUGGAGUGGAAUCGACGGAAUCCAGCAUUCACUCCCCAAAGUCAUCUGUUGCAUAUUCUGCAACAAUGCUCCAAGUUUCUGAUGAAGAUUUUAUAUGUAACAGUGAUUCUGAAGAAGAGUGCAGGAAGAAACGUAUCAGAAAUUUCAAAAAGCAAUUGAGCGAUCAAGAUGACGGUCGUCCCGCAAAACGACAAUGCGUUAAAAUGGAUUUCGAUUCCGCGAUUAUUCAGUCUAGCGAUGUAAUCGAUAACGAUACAUUCAAGCAGACUUGUCAUGUGAAUGCAAGUUCUGAUUUAAUAAUGUUCAAAAAUAAAUAUAGUAUAAACGCAGCUGAUGACAAUAUUAAUGCAUUUAAGCUAACUAAUGAUAUUAAAACGAGUUUCAAUACAUUGAACAAAUCAAUUAGGAUUGAAAACAACAUAGUUUCCUUAGGUUCAAACAUCGAAUCGAAAAUUGUCAAUAAUGAUAAAAAGACGUCUGAGAAUAUUUGUCAGACAGAAACUGAUCAAACAAAAGAUAGAUUGACAGAUACUAUUCCUAAAUCAGAACAUCUUUCAAAUCAAGAAGACACUUUGAUAUCUGAUGAGAAACUAGUGAGUCAAUGUACAUCAAGUCAAAGAGCGAAACAAGUAUUGUUUGAUUCCAAUCCCAAUUGUGCAGAAGAGAAAAAAAUUAAAAAGACAAAAGUGAAGAAGAAUACUGUUAUACGGACACGUUCUGUUAAAAAAUCUACAAAUCAGCGAAGUAAAGAAAAGACGAUGAACAAUGAAGAAAAAUGUGACGUGAGAGAAAAAAGAAAAUAUCUUAGACGAAAAUCAAAUUUAGAGAAGAAUGAUGAGAAACAAAAUUCAGACUCGGAAACAUAUGAGAUUCCGAUAUACGAUGACAUGAAAAUGUUGCAAACGAUUCCUCGCUUCCCAAUAAAGCCGACGGAGACUAGCGAUCUCAUCGCACAACUUUCCGAUUCGCUUCAUAUUGACGCGCUAGAAAGGAAUGAUUCGAUACCUUUAAAAGCGAGUACUAAAUUGACCGCAAUGGAGAAGUUGGAGAAGAAAAUGGACUCUGGAACAAUGAAUAAUAAUUUUGUCAGGAUAAAUUUGAAAAAAAAAGUGUUCGUGCGAGGCAAAAAGAACUUCAAUUUGUUUAAGUAUAAGAGGAAUCAGUGGAAACAAAAGAAGAAAUUAGCAUCUAGCGAGAGCAGCUUGGAUGCAGCUGAUCUGAUCGACAAAAAUGGCGGAACAUGUUUCAAAUGCGGUGAAUCUGGACAUUUCGCUAAACGUUGUACAACCUACAGGGACGCUGCUCUUCUACCUUUGAACGAGAUUGACGAAUCUACGAAUUUUCCGACUCUGGAGGAAGCUGAGAAGAUGGCUAGUGGGAACGCACAAGUUGUCGCGCGAAGUCACAGGAUCGAUUGGCUUUCGGAAGGAUCAUCUGCUUCGAAGAUUUCGUGUGCACAAGAUGAAGAAGAAAAAGAAGAUAUGGCAAAGUUAUUCGAUGACGAUUUUGAGAAAGAUAUUAAUGAGAAAGAUACAUUAAUUUUCCAGCAUAAGAUACCACAAGAAUUAUUGUCCAGAUUAUUGCCGCCUCAAAGAGAGGUGGUUGAUCCAAUAUAUUCUGCAAACGAAGACGGCAGUCUUAUCAAAACCCCAACGGAAGUCUUCGACGCACUACGCAUGUUUGGCCAUGAAAAUUUUAGGAUCGGCCAAGAGAAAGCAAUAAUGAGAAUUUUGUCCGGCCAGUCUACUCUGGUAAUGCUAUCGACGGGCUCUGGGAAAUCCUUAUGCUACCAAUUGCCGGCGUAUCUAUACUCCCAGCAUUCCCGCUGUAUUACUCUAGUAAUAUCGCCCUUAGUAUCCCUGAUGGACGAUCAAGUAAUGGGCAUGCCUAAGGUUCUGUCCGCUGCAUGUUUGCAUACCAAUCAGACACCGAAGGUAAGAGAGCAGGUAAUGCAAUCGGUCAGGGACGGUAAAGUGAACAUUCUUCUGGUGUCACCGGAGGCGGUGGUAGCUGGUGAAAAAUCUACCGGUUUCGGUGCCCUCCUCAGGCAAUUACCACCAAUUGCGUUUGCCUGCAUCGACGAAGUUCACUGUAUUUCUCAAUGGUCGCACAAUUUUCGACCUUCUUAUCUGAUGGUCUGUCGGGUGCUUAAAGAGAAACUGCACGUGAAGACGAUAUUGGGACUCACGGCGACUGUCACAAAGACCACCGCAGCAAGUAUAGUGAAGCAUCUAGAUUUACACGACAGUAUGGCCGGCGUUAUAUCGGACGUGCCUUUGCCUAAAAAUCUCGUCUUAACAGUGUCCAAGGAUGAGAACAAGGACCACGCGUUGAUCGCGCUAUUGAAAAGCGACAGAUUCCGCGAGCUUGACUGUGUAAUAGUUUACUGUAUUCGUAGAGAAGAAUGUGAGAGGAUCGCAGCCUUGUUAAGAGUGUCACUGCAGGAUCCGCGAAAUCCUGGGAAGCCAAAAGCGAAGAUAUCCAUGAUAGCUGAGGCUUAUCAUGCCGGUAUGACGGCUCACAAGCGCAAAAUUGUGCAAAAAGAGUUUAUGAGUGGUAAAAUUAAAAUUGUGGUUGCCACCGUUGCAUUCGGAAUGGGCAUCAAUAAAUUGGACAUUCGGGCCAUCAUUCAUUACAAUAUGCCCGGUACUUUCGAAGGAUAUGUGCAAGAGAUCGGCCGUAGCGGAAGAGACAAUAUCACAGCGCAUUGUCAUUUGUUCUUGAAUCCUACGCAAAAUAGUGAUAAAUGGGAAUUGCGUAAACACAUACAUGCGAACGGUGUCGAUAGGCAUACGAUCAGACAUCUCCUGCAAAGAAUCUUCAUUCCCUGCUCUUGCAAAAAAAUCAGUGAAAAAAAUUCCAGUUGGAAGUGUCCUGGUCACGAAGUCGCUUUUCCAAUCGACGAGAUCGUUCAAGAUCUCGAUAUUACACAAGAAACAAUUUCGACAUUAUUAUGCUAUCUCGAACUACACUCGAAGAGGUUCAUUACCGUGUUAUCGUCUGUAUAUGUUCGAGCGCGGGUUUCCAGCUACAAUGGACCACAAGCUCUUAAACAAGCCGCGCAAUCUUCUCCACCAUUGGCAAUGGCGAUAGCGUUGGACAUGCAGAAGGGGAUUUCACAUGAGGAUAGUAACAUUAUUGAAUUUUCGGUUAUUGAUAUCGCAUCGGCCAUCGGUUGGGAUAGUGGAGUAGUAAAAAGCCAUCUCAAAACGUUGGAAUGGACGGCAGGAGCUGAUGGGAAGACAAAACGCUCGGCUAUAUCGGUGCAAUACGAUAAACUCGGCUUACGGGUGAAAGCGCCGGGUGAUUUGACCGACACGGAAUUGGAUGAGGCGCUUGAAGCACUGAUCGCCCGUACUCGCUCCCAGGAAUCUUCGUGUUUACAGCAGCUUGAGCUCAUAUCCUUGGCGUUCGAUAAGAUCAGCGUACCGACAAUCAAGAAUUGUUUGAUUUUGGACGAUGAUGUCAUGAAGAGAUCGGAAGAACUCAAAAAUAUUAUCAGAGAAUAUUUUCAAACGGAUUUUCCUUUAAACAAUGUUGAUACCGUAUUCCAGGAUAAGGUGGCAAAUGAGGAGCACAUUGCCGCUAAUGUGCGUAAUUUAAUAAUACGUUAUAGAGAUACGAAAUUCACCGGUCGCGCCGUGGCUCGCAUCUUUCAUGGAAUACAGAGUCCGAAUUAUCCUGCAUUGAUUUGGAGCAAGUGUGGUUUUUGGAGGGUACAUAUUGCUGUAGAUUUCAACAUUAUUUGUAAAAUUGCAACCAGAGAAAUUCUAGCAUUACGAUAACGAUAUUGAUUAAUCGAAUAGUAACAUACUUGACACGCAUACUCAAAUCUUUCUUAUUAACUUUAUCAUUUUAAGUUUUAUCGAAAUAAAUUUUCAUAAUGCAAUAAAAAUCGAGAGAUUGAUGUUAUGAAAAAGAUUAUUUCUCUUUAAAAACUAACAUGGUCUCAAUAUAUUCGAUUUGAUUAAUUCAUCGAAUUUAUCAAAGUCAGUAGUCGUGUACAUAAAAUGCACAUUUAAAAGAUAACAUGGCAACUAGUUUUAUGUUGGAGAUAUUGUGUACAAAGAAACUUUAAAGAAAAAAAUAAAAUGUGCUUUUUUUGUGCAAAACAAAGUACAUUUAAAAUUGAUAUAGCAAUUAAAUUUAUUUGUUGAAUCUUGAUUUAAGGAAUUUUAAUAUAAACUUUUCUACAAGAUUGUGUAAUAUCAGACAAGAAAUAAAAUACUUCUUUCUCAUAUCUGAUGUGUUAUACUUUUAAUUCUUAAUAAACAAACAUCAGUUACUUUUAAAAGUACAAGAUAUAUGAAACUUUAUAUUACUCUUAGAAAUACAAGUUUUGAAACUUAACAAGAAAAUAGAUUAUCAACUUGUGCGUUUGUUACAUAUAAUCUCCUCCUCCCCUUCACCUAUAGAAUAUAUAUAUAUAUAUAUAUAUAUAUAUAUAUAUAUAUAUAUAUAUAUACAUACAUAUAUAUAUAUAUAUAUAUAUAUAUAUAUAUA